GGCGGUGGAAGGCGGAAGCGCGAGCUGAGUUGGGCGCCGCUUCAGUGGCCGCGGCAGUUUCAUGGUGAUGACAUGGCAUCUGCCAGCUCCAGCCGGGCAGGAGUGGCUCUGCCUUUUGAGAAAUCUCAGCUUACUCUGAAAGUGGUGUCAGCAAAGCCCAAGGUGCACAGCCGCCAGCCUCGCAUUAACUCCUAUGUGGAAGUGGCGGUGGACGGACUCCCCAGUGAGACUAAGAAGACCGGGAAGCGCAUCGGGAGCUCUGAGCUUCUCUGGAAUGAGAUCAUUGUUCUGAAUGUCACAGCCCAGAGUCACUUAGAUUUGAAGGUCUGGAGCUGCCAUACCUUGAGGAAUGAACUUCUAGGCACCGCCUCUGUCAACCUCUCCAACGUCCUGAAGAAUAAUGGGGGCAAAAUGGAGAACACGCAACUGACCCUGAACCUGCAGACGGAGAACAAAGGCAGUGUUGUUUCGGGUGGAGAGCUGACAAUUUUCCUGGACGGGCCGACUGUUGAUCUGGGAAGCGUGCCUAAUGGCAGUGCUGUGACAGACGGAUCACAGCCACCUUCGCGAGAAUCCAGUGGCACAGCUGUAACUCCAGAGACCAGGCACCCGCCUCCCAGCACAAACUGCUUUGGUGGGAGAUCCCGGACGCACAGACAUUCAAGUGGUUCAGCCAGAACGACCACAGCAGCCAGCGAGCAAAGCCCUGGUGCUAGGAACCGGCACCGCCAACCCGUCAAGAACCCAAGUCACAGUGGCCUGGCCAAUGGCGCAGUGAAUGAGGAGCCCAUCACAGCCACUGACCCUGAAGAACCUUCUGUUGGUAUAGCAUCCCCACCUGCCACCGCCUUGAGUGUGACCCCAAACCCCAACACGACCUCUCUCCCUGCUCCAGCCAUACCCGCUGAGGGAGAGGAGCCCAGCACUUCAGGAACACAGCAGCUCCCGGCCGCUGCCCCUGCUCUGGCCCCUGACGCCCUGCCUGUCGGGUGGGAGCAGCGAGAGCUGCCCAACGGGCGUGUGUAUUAUGUUGACCAUAACACCAAGACUACCACCUGGGAGCGGCCUCUUCCUCCAGGGUGGGAAAAACGCACAGACCCCCGAGGGAGGUUUUACUAUGUGGAUCACAACACUCGGACCACCACCUGGCAGCGCCCAACAGCUGAGUAUGUGCGCAACUAUGAGCAGUGGCAGUCACAGCGGAAUCAGCUCCAGGGGGCCAUGCAGCACUUCAGCCAAAGAUUCCUCUACCAGUCUUCAAGCACUUCGUCUGACCAUGAUCCCUUGGGCCCCCUCCCUCCUGGCUGGGAAAAGAGGCAGGACAAUGGACGGGUGUAUUACGUGAACCACAACACACGCACUACCCAGUGGGAGGACCCUCGGACCCAGGGGAUGAUCCAGGAGCCAGCCCUGCCCCCAGGAUGGGAGAUGAAAUACACCAGCGAGGGCGUGCGAUACUUUGUGGAUCACAAUACCCGUACCACCACCUUUAAGGAUCCUCGCCCUGGAUUCGAAUCAGGGACCAAGCAAGGCUCCCCUGGGGCCUACGACAGAAGUUUUCGGUGGAAGUAUCACCAGUUCCGUUUCCUCUGCCAUUCAAAUGCCCUACCCAGCCAUGUGAAGAUCAGCGUGUCCAGGCAGACACUCUUUGAGGAUUCUUUUCAACAGAUCAUGAAUAUGAAACCCUAUGACCUGCGCCGCCGGCUCUACAUCAUUAUGCGUGGUGAGGAGGGCCUGGACUACGGUGGCAUUGCCAGAGAGUGGUUUUUCCUCCUGUCCCAUGAGGUACUCAACCCUAUGUACUGUUUAUUUGAAUAUGCUGGGAAGAACAAUUACUGCCUGCAGAUCAACCCCGCCUCCUCCAUCAACCCCGACCACCUCACCUACUUCCGUUUCAUUGGCAGGUUUAUUGCCAUGGCCCUAUACCAUGGAAAGUUCAUCGACACUGGCUUCACUCUCCCUUUCUAUAAGCGGAUGCUCAACAAGAGACCAACCCUGAAAGACCUGGAGUCCAUCGACCCUGAGUUCUAUAACUCCAUUGUUUGGAUCAAAGAGAACAACCUAGAAGAGUGUGGCCUGGAGUUGUUCUUCAUCCAGGACAUGGAGAUCCUGGGCAAGGUGACAACUCAUGAGCUGAAGGAAGGUGGUGAGAGCAUCCGAGUCACAGAGGAGAACAAGGAGGAGUACAUCAUGCUACUGACUGACUGGCGGUUCACCCGAGGUGUGGAAGAGCAGACCAAAGCCUUUUUGGAUGGCUUCAAUGAGGUGGCCCCUCUGGAGUGGUUGCGUUACUUUGAUGAGAAAGAACUGGAGCUGAUGCUGUGCGGCAUGCAGGAAAUAGACAUGAGUGACUGGCAGAAGAACACCAUCUACCGGCACUACACCAAGAACAGCAAGCAAAUCCAGUGGUUCUGGCAAGUGGUAAAGGAGAUGGACAAUGAGAAAAGGAUCCGACUACUACAGUUUGUUACCGGAACCUGCCGCCUGCCUGUUGGGGGAUUUGCUGAACUCAUUGGAAGCAAUGGACCUCAGAAGUUCUGCAUUGACAAGGUUGGCAAGGAAACAUGGCUGCCUCGAAGCCAUACCUGUUUCAACCGUCUGGAUCUCCCACCGUACAAGAGCUAUGAGCAGCUGAAAGAGAAGCUGCUGUACGCCAUCGAGGAGACUGAGGGCUUCGGACAGGAGUGACUGAGGCUGCCCCACCCAUGUCCCCCAGUGUACAUGUAGUCCUUGAGCUCUCCCUGACAGAGAGGCUGCUGGCUGUGCAGGCCUUGGGAGGUUCCCUUGGAAGGUGUCCCUCUAUGGGACUACACUGUCGUGCUGGUGACAGAAGAGCCUGACUUCAGGAGGCCCUGUGGCCCCCUCUCUCCUACCAGCUGGUAGUAGCUUGGAAUAAAGCCCCCAGCCACCUUUGGCUCCAUCACCUGUUGCAGAGUCAGAGGACUACCCCUCUAUAAAACUCACCCCUCUGCUAGGACCAAGCCUGGGUGUGUGUGAGUGUGUGAGGGAACGUGCCCUAUCCCAAAGGUCUGCCAUAGAAACUGGGAUACUUAGGUGAGGAGAUUGGCUGCUGGGGGUGGCUGUCCUGGACCAAGAAGGCCAAAGGUUACUCAGACAUGUCCAACUUGUGUCCCUUGGGCCACAUAUGUCCCAGGCUAGCUAUGAAUGCAGUGUGACACAUUUGUAGAUGACAAUGCUAUGUUAUAGCAUCAAAGGUUGGAUACCUCUUAAGUGUAAACUUUUCCUGGGAUAUGUGUGGAGCUCAGGUGUUAGGGACAGCUCUACACUGGGGCUGUCUUUGCUUCCCUCCCUGGUAGUGUACAGCCAAGGGGGCUGAGCAGCAAGAGCUCAGUCAGUGCCACCACUUUGUCCCAUCCCAGCAGCAGAGUGUUGAGCAGGCCACCACCCUGGUGUUUAUGGGAGGGAAACAGCAAGCUCCCUCAGGCUUUUUCCUUUGACAUAAACUUGAAGCAUUUGUGUAUAGGGUUGCUUUCUGCUUUGUUCUGGGUAUGCUUCUAUCACUUUCUGGCAAUGAGCUGGUGUUCUAGGAGUCCUGGGCCUUGAAGGGUCCAGCUCUUUGAGUCCAUAGUUUCCCAAAUGGCUGCUUUUCUUGGGAGCCUGCUUAGCAGUUUCACUAGCUCAGAGGCCCGGCCUGUGGCUCUGCCACUCUUGCGCUGAGCAGAUAGCAUUGCUAGAACCAGACAGUCAUCAGCCCCUAGUGAAGGGCAGGUGGUCCUGGCUGGCCUUUCCUGAUAGCCCCUGGAGCUCCAGGCACACAUUCAGCUUAGAGAGUGCAUGUAGCGUAGAUUCAAGACUUUAUCCGCAUACAGGAAAUGACAUGGCUGAAAAUUAGCAGAAGAUCUCAAGCUGCUGCCAGCCUCCUAUGAAGGGACUCUGCCUUUGAUUAAAAUCUUUCAGAUGCUCAGCCCCUCUGGGGUGCUGGGGUAGUGACUGUGGCCCAAUCCCUACUCUAGGGCAGGCCUCUAUCACAGAUUAGCUCCCAGCAGCCCUAGGCAAGCUCUGAAAACAGUCAUGGGAGCCUUCCAAGGAUAGCCUCUCUUUGUGCAUCUCACCCUCAUCGGCCCUGUGGAGGUGUACCCACGCCCCUCAUGUUGCACAUGCUGAUCUGAGUGGCUCAGCUUGCUGUACUUCCUUGCACAUGUCCCAAGAGCUACUCCGUGGGUGGGGGUACAAGCUGCCAGUGAGGUUUGGAAACAUCUGGCUCACAGGUGUUCAUGUGUGUCUGUGUGUGUAACUGAAGUGUCUAUGAAGUGCGCUAGCUAGCACGGAGUUGGUCGCUGGGGGGGAGGGGUUGUAAUGCCUGCCCCCUGCCUUGGGAUUGCCAGUUUCUUGUGCAAUAAACAAUCAGCAGCA